AUGAGGCUCCGUCAGGGCGAAGGAGCGCUGGAUGUAGCGGGUGCAGGCGUGCGAAGAAAGGCUGCGAUAUGCGGUUCCCGGUCUGUGGAAGGUGUCUCCGGCUCUCGCAGACAUGCUAUAGGGGAGGAGCAGACAGUAACAUUGGGGAGGGUAUUGCAUACGUCCGACAAGAAAGGCAAUGACCACCCGAGAUGUUUGGGAGAGUGGUCCGAUAUUCUGCGUUACUUUGCCGACCACGAGCUCAUUCGAGGUCUUGUCGCUGCCUGCAAGCUCCACACCGCCGUCCCACAAAUGAAUCCUAAGCAAGCUGCAAAUAUCUAUGGAGCUGCGUUGUCUUCGAUCCGCGAAGCGAUACAAGGAGGGUGGCAGGUUGCGGACGAUACUUUUUUGGUGGUCACAUUGCUUCUUUAUAUAUACGAGCGGUUCUACUGGCCAGAAGGAAGAUCAAGUCGGAGCUGGAUGAUCCAUAUCCAGGGAGCAAUCAGUCUCGUACAAGCCCGCGGUUUGAAGCAAGUCCAGACAAAGGUUGGACGCGUGAUUUUUCGAAAAGCCAGAGAUAUCAUUCUUGACGUCGCAUUCUGCAACAGCGUAGUACCGCCUUACUUUCUUAUUCUGGGCAGUCAAGCGAUGGGAAGAGACGUUCUAUACCGUGCCCAUGAUCAGCUUGCAAUCCUUGAGACUAGAACGAUCGUCCUGUACCAGCAGUACCGCCGCGGUGAUCUUGACCAAGCCUUCCUCCAGACUGCUCAUACUCUUCAGCAGGAUCUCAUGUACAGGCAAAAGAUGACUGUCCGCCUGCCAUGCAAUUCGCUUAGGCAUCGUCAAGGCAGCGGUCUGAUCGAUGGUGACGAACAAGAGAAGGAGGAUGAAUACUUGACCGCGGUACAAGAUCGAUGGAGUGGUGCUAAGCUACACAUAUUUCGGCUGGUUGUUUGCCGCGUUCAAAGUGCUGUCUUUCGAAGGCUUUGGAACACCUCUUCAAUUGGUUUUGAAGAGCUCGUCCCCUGUUGCCAGAAUUGUCCCACUCGCACUUCUGAGAUUAUGUGUAACAGCGCAGCAGAUGUCAUGGAUGACUUUGGGUCGAUACAUCUGUUGAUGCAUUCUCCAUCCGCCACACUCGGAAUGCACGGCGCGAUCUUCACGGCAUCAUCAUGCCUGGAGAGCGAGCUCGAAGAGUUAACGUUGGCAUCUUGCGGCGUGCAGAGCGACGCCAUCAUCACCCCAACACAGCUGAAUUCCAUGAGGAGAAGCAGUCGGUGGCUUACAGAAUGGUCAAGGAUGCUUGCAUCAUAG